AUGCAGGGUGACAGAAUCGUUUUAAAUGUGAUGGUGUUUUCCAACGACGGAAGACAUCAAAGCAGAACUAGCCAAACCUCAGAAGUUACGAUGGUUUAUCCUGUUGGACCCGUUGAACGCGUCGGCGUCAAUACCUCAUCAACCAACCUAGUCAAAGCUUCCAUCACCAUCAUGGCACAAACACAGGCUACCAUCGACGUCACCAACACAGAGCUUUCGCGUGGCCGGUACCAGACGUGUUCUCACACGCUCACAUCGUACGCACUCAUGCACGCAUGCACGCACGCACAGCAGCCCCGUACUUGCAGAGCCAUGAGGAGUGGGGGUGAGUCGAUGUGCAUUUGGUUAGGUGUCGGGGGAGGGGUGGAGGCCAGUGAAUGUCCGACUCCAUUGGUCUGA